AUGCCGAGCAGUCUCACACAGUUAUCAAAGCAACUCCGUGAAGAACUCCUUCAUCGCAUGAAUCUCUCUCUACUCUCCCUGCAGUCACGGCCGCGCACAGCACCUCAGUUCACUACUCCACCCAUGAAUUUUGGACUCUUGCCUACUCCAGGAGCAGUCUCAUCCCACUACCCCACUUGGUCACCUGCGAUGCCAUGCAAAGCCGUGGAGGAGAAAGCAUUCCUCCCUUCCUUCCCUACAAAGCGUAUGCGUGUCACACCAGUUCGUACUUCACACAGAUGCAUUAUGCCCUCAGCUAUUCGACUAUAUCAACCGUGUGGGUUGAGAGGAGCAACGGAGCCUGCAUCCUGGUACCACCAACAGCGAAACUCCUCCUUGUCACGAUUGACACGCGCUCACACUGGUGGCUCCUACGCUUCAGAGUUGGCAAUUGGCACUGCACUCACCGACGAG